AUCGCGCCACAACGGUCACACGGACACACGAAACUCGCAAAACAGCCGCAGCCGAACAACAAAAAAAAAACAUUUGUAAAAAUGUCGCGUCAAGCAUUUUAAUUUAACCGGAUUCGAACAGCACCGAGUGGACGUGGACGCCAGGAAGCUGAGCAGUCAUCCGUACCGCCAUCGCCGCAUUUCCCAGCACCGCUCCGCCGCAUAUAUCAUCACAACCACACAGAAAUAUACCGCAGUAUUUUCACACUUUCGAGGACCUUCUCUAGCAGCGCAGCCAGGAUAUGACGGACAAGGAGAGCGAGCAGUGCACCGUCUCGGUCUUCGACCAGACACCCGGUUCCGAACAGAAGAAGAUCAAUGUGGUGGUGCGCUCCCAGUAUACCGUGAAGCGUGUUAUCGACCUCAUUGCCACCCAGUUCCCAUAUGGAAAGUUUGAGCUGCUUCUCCAGCCCCACGACAACAAGGACCUGGUCCAUCUGAAUGCCGUGGACUCACAAUUACUAUUCGAUGUCGAGGGCUUUGAGCGUCAGUUGAAGAACCACUUGGUUCUCCUGCCCUCCGGCAGUUGGGACGGCGAUGUGGCCAAACGGUUCGAGCUGCCCAUGAAGAAGCACCAGGUGUUGGUCAGCCUGCGUCCGAAAGAACCCAAAAAAGACGGCGAGGCAAAGGCCAAGAGUCCAGUGUCUGGCGAGAAGAAGAAAGUUAAGAAGAAGGUGGUAGCUGGUUCGGGAUCGUCGUCGCCGAGCAAAACAAAGGUAACCAGUGACGACCCCAAAGCCAGCAGUAGUUCAGAAUCCAGCCCAGAGAAGAGUGCAAAGGCUAGUUCUAAGAUCGGCACUCCGAAGACCUCGACGGUGGAGGUAGCCAAGGCUACACCUGAAGAGGUGCCUCAAGCCAGUCCCACAAUAGCACCAGAAGCUAGUCCCAAGAUCGCGACAAAGAAAAGUUUGAAGCUGUCACCGGACUCCCCGAGUCCAGUGAAGCCGUCGUCGCCGAGUCCAGUGAAGCCCUCGUCGCCCAUUAAGGAGAUCGAGUGCGAGCCCAUUGACCAGCUGACCAAUACCGGAAUAUCCGAGCAGCUGCAACAGCUGCUUCACAGCAGAAACCUUGCCUCGCCGGUGGACAAUCCCCUUUCGGGCCUGUGCGUCUCAGAUGUGGAGCAGUUAUCCGACGAUGACUUGGCCCUGGGCGCCUCGGCCAGCCCCACGAUGAUGGGGCCCAGCUACGAUUUCGGAGGACCGACCAACGACAUGGACGGGGAGGGAGCCAUCGGUGGGGGAGAUCAAACGACUAGUGGACCGGACGAUGGCCAAGACCCAGUGCUGUCAAACUUUUAUCGCCGCAAGUACGGUGGCGAUGAGCUGCCUUCGUGGAAGCGGAUAGACACCACGGCAGCGGACUUUGUGGCCUCCGCUACCACGGAAACAGAGACGGGAUUGAGUAAAACCAAUGGAGGUCCCCGGGGCUAUGUGGGUCUAGUCAACCAGGCCAUGACCUGCUAUCUGAAUAGCUUGCUGCAAGCCCUGUACAUGACGCCCGAGUUCAGGAACGCUCUGUACCGCUGGGAGUUCGACAACGACAACGAAGCGAAAAACAUACCCUACCAGUUGCAGAAGCUGUUCCUCAAUCUGCAAACCUCCCCCAAGGCGGCGGUGGAGACCACCGACCUGACCCGCAGCUUCGGCUGGGAUUCAACCGAAGCCUGGCAGCAGCACGACAUUCAAGAGCUCUGCCGCGUGAUGUUUGACGCACUGGAGCACAAGUUUAAGAACACCAAGCAAUCGAAUCUUAUCUCGAACCUGUACGAGGGUAAGAUGAACGACUACGUCAAGUGUCUGGAGUGCAAUACGGAAAAGUCGCGGGAGGACACCUUUCUGGACAUCCCGUUGCCGGUUCGACCCUUUGGCAGCAGCUCGGCGUACGGCAGCAUCGAGGAGGCCCUGCGCGCCUUUGUCCAGCCCGAGACGCUGGACGGCAACAACCAGUAUCUGUGCGAGAAGUGCAAGAAGAAGUGCGAUGCUCACAAGGGAUUGCACUUCAAAUCCUUCCCCUACAUCCUCACCUUGCACCUGAAGCGCUUCGACUUUGACUAUCAGACCAUGCACCGCAUCAAGUUGAACGACAGAGUGACCUUCCCACAGACGCUUAAUCUGAACACCUUCAUCAACCGGAGUGGCACUAGUGGCGACCAGAACGCUCAGAUAAAUGGAACCGUGGACGAUUGCAGCACGGCGGAUAGCGGCUCGGCCAUGGAAGAUGAUAACCUGAGCAGUGGCGUUGUGACCACAGCCAGCUCCAGCCAGCACGAGAAUGACUUGAACGACGAGGACGAAGGCAUCGAUAUGAGCAGCAGCACCAGCAAGAGCACCAAGCAGGGAUCCGGGCCGUAUCUAUACGAACUCUUUGCGAUCAUGAUCCACUCGGGCAGUGCUUCCGGCGGUCACUACUACGCCUACAUCAAGGACUUUGACAGCAACGAGUGGUUCUGCUUUAAUGACCAGAAUGUCUCCACCAUAACACAGGAGGACAUCCAGCGCUCCUUUGGUGGACCGAAUGGCAGCUACUACUCCAGUGCCUACACCUCCAGCACCAAUGCCUAUAUGCUGAUGUACCGCCAAGUCGACUCCAAAAGGAACGAGCAGGCGGCAAAGGUGGCCGACUUUCCAGAGCACAUCAAGAGUCUGCUGCCGAAGCUGCACUCCGAGGACGAGAGCCGGGGCACGCGCCUGGGCCGACACAACACCGAAUCGGACUUGGCCCUACCUGACUUAUACAAGCCUCGUGUCUACUUCUACAAUCCCUCGCUGAAGAAGAUGAAGAUCACAAGGGUCUACGUUUCGCAGAGCUUCAACAUUAACCAAGUGCUGAGCUCGGCUUACGACAUGCUGAAUGUGGAGGAGUUUGCGCCUCUGUCACGCUGUCGCUUGGUGGCGUACAACUCAACCAUGGAGACGAUCAUCCAGUCUCUAGAGAACUGCUCCGAUCCAGCCCUGACCGAGCUGCGAGCGUCGCAAAACUACAGCUUGGACUUCCUGCUGGAGUACAGGGCGGAGGACCAACAGUUCGAGACUUAUUCCCCGGACGGAAUCACGUGGUAUGUGUUUGUGGUAGAUCUUUCGACCAUGGCGAUGGACGGUCCCUUCCUGGUUUACUCAGCAGCGAGGGAACGCGAGCCCAACGACGUUCUCCGUCGCUCCAUCGCCGUCCGUUUACACAUUAGCGAGCAGCAGUUCCUGCUUGCCACGGUGCGGGGCGCGGUGCCGAAGGCAUUUGUCGCCUAUGACCCCCAUCCGACGCCCGAGGCCCAGCUGCAGCUCCAGAACUUGGCCAACAACCAGUUCAAAUCAAUUACCUAUUUCUACUUGAAUGUGCCCAACACAGACGCCGCCACUCUAGAAAUGCUGGGCGUUCCCAGCAUGGAGACAAUAGAGACUAAAAGUGGAGGGGAUGUAGUGGACGCCGCCAUGAUGAACGGACACGAGGGCUCCGGCAGCAACGGCCUCAACGAUAAUGAUUGGCGGCGUUUCAAACGGAAUGUUCUCGAGCUAUUUUCACAAACGGAGCCAAGUCCCAGUCACGGCCAUGAGUCCACCUCAGAGGAUAGCAGUCUCAGCGAUGGUGAUCGCACCCUGGUAGAAACGGAGAACAUCGCACACCGCGGAGGCGGUGACAGCCAGGUCAGCUCCACCAGCCACUCGCCGCAGUUGUCCAGCCCGGAGGAUGAGGCGGCAUCACACGAUGCCAUGAUGCGGGUACAUGCCUACUGCAACGGCAACGGAAGCUAUGCGGCUGCCGACGUUGUGGAUCCUCUGUUGUUGCCUCCCAGCACCUCGUACUUCUUCCACGCCAGUAAAAUAAAGUGCGUCGACGUGCUUGGCAGUAGUUCCAGUUCGGCCCUUCAGUCCGAUGAGGAAGCCCAGCUGCGGAAACCCACACAGGCCUACAAGCUGCUGGUAGGCACUCACAUGCGAAUGGCUGCCUUCAAGCGACACAUCGAACAGCUCAUCCAGGUGCCCAGCGCAUACUUUAAGCUGCAGCGCAAACACGAGAACAACAUCCCCAACAAUCAGAACAACUCCCUGGUUUUCCUCACCGAAGGCGAAACUCUAACUGUGGAGAUCGGAAAGAACCUCCAGGCGGAUGAGUACAAGGCCAAAAUCCACUUCCUGCGACUGGGCGACUUGGACAACGAGACGUCGCGUCUGCCGUGUGUCUGCGAUUGGGUGUACAAUGCCAGCACCACCACCGAGCAGGCCAAGCAGGAGCUGGUGGCCAAGCUGCAUCGCAUGGACGCCAAGUACGCCACGCUCACCGUUGACAACUGCCGCAUCUGGCUAAAGGGCGGACGCAGCCCCAUUAAGAUCCUUGCCAACGAGGAGACGCUCUACUGCGAUAUGCGCUCCACAGUCGCUGCAGAGUUCAUUGUGCAAGAAUGCGAGAGCGGAGUAAACCCCCAGCCCAAGGACGACACAAUGACCCUAUUCGUGAGGCGAUGGUGUCCGGCCAAGUUGGAGUUUGGAAAAUUCCAGGAAAUCACAUUAGACCAGGACACCGACAUCCGAUACUCAUUAUCCCAGAUUAGCGACAUCACCAUGGACAAAAUAAGCUAUAUGAAGGUGAACAGCAACUUCCCCUGCACAAGCAUAUCGGCGGUGAGCGUGAACGAGUCAUCCAGCUGGUAUGCAGUACCCUGCACCGUGGACAAGUACCCACUGAACACGACGCAGACGGGCAACAUCUACUUGUACAAAGAUAAAAGCAUACCCGUUAAGGAUCUGACACUGGAGGAGCGACGGCAGUUGAACGCCAGGGAAAAGGCCAGACUGGACCGUGUCGGUUGCGUUUCGACGACGCGGUAUUCACAGCGUCGGGAACGCGCCCUCAAAAUUUACCUGGACUCGCCGGAGAAGUCGAGCACCGUGACCGCCUCGGCACCCAUGGACGUGCAUGUCGACAACUAGGACAACUAAAGCGGCCGCCAGCCAGCAGCCAGCAGCUACUAAAAAAUACACCAAAAACCAAACGAUAAACGAUUGUAUUCAAUUAAAUCCCAGAUCCUCUCCCGCAUCCUUGUCGGCUGCAA